GGGAGAUGAGCAUCUUUGGGGUAGAAAUAGAAUCACCUCAGCCCGUAGUGACCCCGACCCGGUUCCCAUCCAAUGUUUCAUUCCAUCAUCCUCCCAAAAACGAUUCCCAUCCGGUGGUUCUGAAGGGCUUUACUUCCCAGGCUGUGAGCGAGAGCAGCAGAGAAGAGGAGGGAAACAAUUUCUUUGUGGUAAGUGAGAGUGGGGAGGGGCUGGAAUAAAUAAGACAUGACGAGGGUAUUACAUUUACUACCUGCGACUUCUUCAUCUCCUCCGUUGGUCUCCUUUAAUCGCCUCUCUCACUUGCAUUCACACCCGGUUCUUCUUAAAACCGAUUUUUCAAGAUUAAGACCUCGAAGGCUUGUUUCCACAACAAUUACGGCAUCAGUGUCAGUGUCAACCAUGGACCAAGAAAUUGUGGGUCAUGUCAAGCAACAGCUAUCGAAGCUAUUUGAAGCAUCGCUUAGAACAACGGUCCCCGAUGAAUUGGAUGUAGAACCUUUGGUUGUUCCUUGCACUGGAAAGUUUGGUGAUUAUCAAUGUAAUAAUGCUAUGAGCUUAUAUUCAAGGAUUAAAGGCAAGACGACUCAAUUCAGGGGCCCUCCUGCUAUUGGACAGGCCAUUAUGAAGAACCUUCCUCCAACUAAAAUGAUAGAGUCUUGUUCUGUUGCAGGACCUGGAUUUGUCAAUGUUGUUUUGUCAACCAAAUGGAUAGCUAAGAGUAUACAAAAGAUGCUUAUAGAGGGUAUUGAAACAUGGGCACCAAGGCUCCGGGUCAAAAGGGCUGUGGUUGACUUCUCUUCACCCAAUAUUGCAAAAGAAAUGCAUGUCGGCCACUUGAGAUCAACCAUUAUUGGAGAUACUCUAGCUCGCAUGCUGGAAUAUUCGAAUGUUGAAGUUCUGCGGCGGAACCAUGUUGGCGAUUGGGGUACACAGUUUGGUAUGUUGAUCGAGUUCCUUUUUGAGGAAUUCCCAAACUGGGAGGGUAUAGGGGAGCAAGCUAUUGGAGAUCUACAGGCAUUUUACAAGGCAUCCAAGACGAGAUUUGAUGCUGAUCCUGCCUUUAAGGAGAGAGCACAGCAAGCGGUGGUUCGCUUACAGGGUGGGGAAGCAAAGUAUCACAGAGCAUGGGCAAAGAUCUGUGAAAUAAGUCGCAGGGAAUUUGAUCAGGUGUAUCAACGCCUUGGUGUGCAUCUGGAGGAAAAGGGAGAGAGCUUUUAUAACCCAUAUAUUCCUGGGGUUAUUGAGGGAUUAAGUAAGCAAGGGAUGGUUGAAGAAAGUGAGGGUGCCCGUGUGAUCUUCAUUGAAGGGAAAAAUAUACCUCUUAUUGUUGUGAAGAGCGAUGGUGGAUACAACUAUGCUUCAACUGAUCUAGCAGCACUUUGGUAUCGUCUUAAUGAAGAAAAAGCUGAGUGGAUAAUUUAUGUCACUGAUGUUGGGCAACAACAACACUUCGAAAUGUUUUUCAGUGCUGCAAAACAUGCUGGUUGGCUUCCAUCUGAUGGCAAGGCCUAUCCCCAAGCAACUCAUGUGGGGUUUGGUCUUGUUCUUGGAGAUGAUGGUAAGCGCUUUCGGACUCGAAGCACUGAAGUGGUUCGAUUAGUUGAUUUACUUGAUGAAGCUAAGAACCGCAGUAAAGCAGCACUUAUUGAACGAGGUAAAGGUGCAGAAUGGAGCGAUAAGGAGCUCGAACAAACUGCUGAAGCUGUUGGUUACGGGGCUGUUAAAUAUGCUGAUCUGAAGAACAAUCGACUAACAAAUUAUACAUUUAAUUUUGAUCAAAUGCUUAAUGAUAAGGGAAAUACAGCUGUUUACCUCCUCUAUGCACAUGCUCGUAUUUGUUCAAUCAUCAGAAAAUCUGGUAAAGACAUUGAAGAGUUGAAGAAGACGGCAACAGUUGUGCUGGAUCAUCCAGAUGAGCGUGUCUUGGGGCUUCAUCUACUCCAGUUUGCUGAGACUGUUGAGGAGGCUUGCAACAAUCUCUUGCCGAAUGUGUUGUGCGAAUAUCUCUACAACUUGUCGGAGAACUUCACUAAAUUUUAUUCCAAUUGUCAGGUUGUUGGAUCGGCAGAGGAGACGAGUAGAUUGCUGUUAUGUGAAGCAACAGCCGUAGUCAUGAGGAAAUGCUUUUAUCUACUUGGAAUUGUACCUGUCUACAAAAUAUGACAAUACUUUUAUGGUUUAUUUGUUACCCAUCCUCCACACAUAUGUUUAAGAUGGGUGUUGAAUGUAUACACGACUCAGUUUUUAUAAUUCAUAAAUGAUGACAGAAAUGGAUGAGGUUCUUGAUUUGGGGGAAUUAUGUACAUCCAUCAAAAUGUGUAACCCAGAUAGUAAUUUCUAAGUUGCAGAUUUUGGCCAUAAAUGUUGAGUAGUAGGUGAAAUUGAGAAAGCUUAUUGUAUGGCUGGUGCAGAAUCUUGUAUAUGGCAGAACGCAGAAGUACCAUAAUUGGAAAGUUGGUGCACAAUUUAUGUCGUGUUUGAUAAGCACAAGUAUGACAUAACCUAAGUGUGACAUACAUUUUGCCA